CCUGUCCGGCUCCUCACACGCCGGGAGCCCCUCUCGCUGCCGCAGCCGGGGCUCGGCUCCAGGGGACGAUGCUCUGGCUCUCCAGCGGCAGGGCUCUGGCUCCGCUGCUCCGCUCCCCCGCGGUCCCCUUCGCCGCCUGGCUCCUGCUUAGCCCCCUGUGGGGCCAGAUGUCUCUGGCUUCCUCCUUCCUGACAGGAUCUGUUGCAAAAUGUGAAAAUGAAGGGGAAGUUCUACAGAUCCCAUUUAUCACAGACAAUCCUUGUAUAAUGUGCAUUUGCCUGAAUAAAGAAGUGACAUGCAAACGAGAGAAGUGUCCGGUGCUUUCCAAGGAGUGUUCUCUGGUCAUUAAGCAGAGAGGAGCCUGCUGUGAGCAAUGCAAAGGUUGCACUUUUGAAGGAAACACCUACAACAGCUCCAUGAAAUGGCAAGCCUCAGCUAAUCCAUGUAUUGCAUAUCAAUGUCAGGAAGGAGUGGUAACAGAAUCUGAGAUGCAGUGUGUUGUUCACUGCAAAAACCCUUCUGAGCUGCCGGGAAUGUGUUGCCCCACCUGUCCAGGUUGUAUAUUUGAAGGCAGACAUUACCAUGAAGGGAAGGAAUUUCAGCCUGAAGGAAACAAAUGCACCAAGUGUUCUUGUAUUGGAGGCAGGACACACUGCGUACAAGAAGUCUGCCCCAUUCUGUCAUGUCCCCAGCAUCUCAGUCACAUUCCUUCUGGACACUGUUGCCCCAAAUGUUUAGGCCAGAGGAAAGUGUUUGACCUCCCAUUUGGAAGCUGCCUCUUUCACAGUGAUGUUUAUGACAAUGGAUCCUCUUUCGUUUAUGACAACUGCACUAUGUGUACCUGUAGGAAUUCUACAAUGGUAUGUAAGAAGAAGUGCUCACCUCCUGGAGAAUGCAAUAAAAGCAAGGAACACUGCUGCAAGGAGUGUGUCUCAUACGUCUCUCCUGAGGAACUGAAAGUGUGCAAAUUUGGGAAUAAGAUCUUUCGGGAUGGAGAGAGGUGGUCCUCUGUUAACUGCACCAUCUGUGCUUGUGUGAAAGGCAAGACGGAGUGUCGCAAGAAGCAGUGCAUUCCAGUCAACAGCUGCCCUCAUGGUAAGAUCCUGAACAGAAAAGGAUGCUGUCCUAUUUGCACUGAAAAGCCUGGAGUUUGCACUGUAUUUGGAGACCCCCACUACAACACUUUUGAUGGAAGGACAUUUAACUUUCAGGGAACAUGUCAGUACGUUUUGACAAAAGACUGCUCCUCCUCUGCCUCGCCCUUCCAGGUGCUGGUGAAAAACGAUGCACGUCGGACCCGUUCUUUCUCCUGGACAAAAUCUGUGGACCUUGUGUUGGGCAGAAGCACUAUCAGCCUCCAGCAGCACCUCACAGUGAAAUGGAAUGGGACCCGGAUAUCACUGCCGUGCGAGACUCCUCAGUUUCAGAUCGACUUGGAUGGUUACUUGCUGAAAGUGACAACCAAAGCAGGCUUGGAAAUCUCCUGGGAUGGAGACAGUUUUGUCGAAGUCAUGGCUGCACCACAUUUGAAAGGCAAACUCUGUGGCUUGUGUGGCAACUAUAAUGGACACAAGAGAGAUGACCUGGUAGGAGGUGAUGGGAAUUUUAAGUUUGAUGUGGAUGACUUUGCUGAAUCCUGGCGCGUGGAGUCGAAUGAGUUCUGCAGUCGGCCACAGAAGAAACCUGUACCUGAACUGUGCCAAGGAACAGUGAGGGUAAAACUUCGGGCCCACAGGGAAUGCCAGAAACUCAAGGCUUGGGAGUUUCAGAAUUGUCACUCAACAGUGGAUUAUACUACGUUCUAUCGGUCCUGUGUAACAGAUAUGUGUGAGUGUCCAGUUCAUAAAAAUUGCUACUGUGAGUCAUUCCUUGCCUAUGCCCGAACCUGUCAGAGAGAAGGGGUAAAAGUCCAAUGGAAACCUGAGGAGCACUGUGCAGCAACCCAGUGUAAACAUGGUGCAGUGUAUGAUACUUGUGGCCCUGGAUGUGUCAAAACAUGUGACAACUGGAAUGAGAUCGGUCCAUGCAAUAAGCCAUGUGUUGCAGGUUGCCACUGUCCAGCAAACUUAGUUCAUCACAAAGGAAGAUGCAUCAAGCCAGUCCUCUGUCCGCAACGGUGACGUUAGUUCUAUUUCCAAGGACUAUAAUGUUGGUAUCUUUGAUACCUUUGAAGCUCACAGCCAAUGAAGGACUGCACUGUUUGUAUGCAGAUUCUGCAAAGUACACAUAUACUCAGUGUUUGUGUAUAUA